AGUUGUCCUGCUGCCGUGCAGCAUCCGCAGCAGCGGCGUUUCAAAUCAGCCUCAUCACCGCCACCAUCAUCAUCAUCAUCACCCUCACGUUUGAUUGAAUUAUCCCCCAAAAAGGAAAAACGUUCGCGUGGGUGUGCGCGUUUUCUUGUCCUUGCACUGGCGGCUGGUUUCGAGGAUGGCCGAGAGCGAGGCAGACACGCCGAGCACGCCGAUUGAGUUUGAGAGCAAAUACUUCGAGUUUGAUGGAGUGCGGCUGCCGCCCUUCUGCAGAGGGAAGAUGGAGGAGAUCGCCAACUUCUCCCUUAGAAGUAGCGACAUAUGGAUCGUCACCUACCCGAAGUCAGGCACCAGUCUACUUCAGGAGGUUGUGUAUCUCGUGAGUCAGGGAGCAGACCCAGAUGAAAUCGGCCUUAUGAACAUUGAUGAACAGCUGCCUGUCUUAGAGUACCCCCAACCUGGCCUGGACAUCAUACAGGAGCUGACAUCUCCUCGUCUGAUCAAAAGCCAUCUUCCCUAUCGAUUCCUCCCCACGGCCAUGCACAAUGGAGAGGCCAAGGUGAUCUACAUGGCUCGUAACCCUAAGGAUCUGGUGGUGUCUUACUACCAGUUCCACCGCUCUCUCAGGACCAUGAGCUACCGGGGAACCUUCCAGGAGUUCUGCCGGCGCUUCAUGAAUGACAAGCUGGGAUAUGGCUCCUGGUUUGAACAUGUUCAGGAAUUUUGGGAACAUCGCAUGGACUCCAAUGUCCUUUUUUUGAAAUAUGAAGAUAUGUACAAGGAUCUGGGGACGUUGGUGGAACAGUUAGCGCGGUUUCUGGGUGUUUCCUGCGACAAAGCUCAGCUGGAGGGCAUGGUGGAGAGCUGCAACCAGCUCAUUGAGCAGUGCUGCAACUCGGAGGCGCUGUCCAUCUGCAGGGGGCGUGCGGGUCUCUGGAAGGACGUCUUCACAGUGUCUAUGAAUGAGAAGUUUGACACUGUGUACAGACAGAAGAUGGGCAAGUCCGACCUGACCUUCGACUUCUGCCUGUGAGGAGCACCUGACCCCGCCCUCACCCUGUGCCGCGUCUCUCCCCCCACUGAUCUCAGUACAGUCAACAAGUGUACACUUCCUACCACGCUCCCACGUCUCCAUUCAGUCAACCAGUCUGAAGGUUAACGGUGCAGUCCGACAGUGGGAUCACACUACAAGACUUUUCCACAAUGCAAUCUGUCUCAAUAAGUCAAAGCACCCUCACAGACUGAUCAAAAUGAAUCCAGAUUUAUUGAAAUUGAAAGUGAAACCAAACCUCCCUUAACCCCUACCUCCACAGUAUGUCCCCACUGCUGUGUGUGUACAUGUGUAUAUACUGACCAGGGCUGGACCGAUAUCGAUGUUUGAAGGCAGAUAACUUUUGAGCUAAAUUAUUAGUCAACAUAUAUUUUCAAAAUCUCAUACAUUCUUGCCAUGUUCAUAACAGGCCGUCAAUAACAGCUAUUAAACUACCUGCAAAUAUUUGUGACUGAAAUUCACUGGAAAUUACUAAAAUGUCAGGGCAGAAAAAAACACCCAGUUCAGAAACUCACUGUGUUGAUGUAAUGUUUACCAUCUUCCAGGCGAAGAAGCUUUGUCUGUUGUUUCUGGUCUGUAAAGGUCUCUGUAUGCUAGAAAUGAACUGAUUAGUGAGAAGUGUUGUCAGGCUGGAUUUAAAGGCAAAAAUGUUAACACUGACUGACUUAUUAUUUGUGGUGUUGAUCAGCCACAAAUAGCUCUACACAGCUUCAGUAAUCUCUCAGAUGUUUCUGGUUGUCAGGUGGAUAAACCUCCUGAAACAUCCUGAGACACUACAGGAUGCAGUGAGGCCCAGGCCAAUCAAACUGCUUUACUAGAUGUUAGUCGCUCUGUAGGUCAGGCCACACACACACCAGUUUAUUGGAGAGGAAGCUGGACUUGUCCAUCUUAACUUGGUACUCAACUUGGAACUUGAUUUGGGACCUCCCUGCCUUGACUAUAGAGAUUUGGUUUGGGACAUGAUUUGGAACUUGCCAGGCUUAACUUGGGAUUUAAACUGAAACUUGUCAGUCUUGACUUGGUAUCUCAUUGGGGAUUUGCCUGUCUUGACCAGGGAUCUGACUUGAUUUGAGACUUACUUGUCUUGACUUGGGACCUUAAAUUGAACAUCUCAGUCUCGACUUGAUCCGUACUUGACUAAAGACUUGAGUGUAAAGACUUGUGACUUGUGAAACAAUGACUUGGUCCCACCUCUGGUCAUAGAUAAGGUGGUUCUAUUCAAACUGAACAAGCUUCCCUCAGAGAAUCCCUCCUAUCUGGCCUUCAGUGAGUCGUAUAUCGGUCAGACCCUGACUCUUAGUGCAUUAGCAGUUGUCCUGAUACGGCGGUGGCUCUGAGCCAGCAGAAGCACGUAGGAUAACUGUGAGAGGUGAAGCCAAACCUGUAGGGAAGAAGCCUAUCACGCCUAAAUCCAUUCAGCAGCUCACUGUCACAGCUGUGACAUUGUUGGCCUUCAUCAUUGUUCUUUUCUUUUUUUGUUUUUAGCUCAAAGUGUUGCAGGGUUUCAGCCUCUGUCACUGACUGUCACCUACAUGUGAGCUUCAUAUGUGUGUGUAUGGCUGCAUGAUGUGUGUUUGAGAAAGAGAGAGAGAGAGAGAGAGGAGAGUUCUUCCAAAAUGUGUAAUGGUUUUCAGAGUGAUUUUGACAUAUUCAUGGAUUUGUCAGUGAUCUCUAAUUCAACAUUGAAUUUUCAUGUAUAAAAAAUAUCACAGCAGGAUCUGACACUGAGAUGGACACAAGGGUUUUAUCUUCACCAUCAGAAUAAUUUGACAGAUAUUCUAAUCCCAAUUCCACAAAUAAAACAUCCAAACCUGAGCAAAUUGGUUUGAAAA